CCCAUCUCUCUCAUCUGGCAGACUUGACAAGGGCUCUCAGAGCAGGCAGGGUUUCAAGGGGAAAUGCCUGGUUUCCUCUCAGACCUGGUUCAAUACCGGAGGCUGUGGCUCAUGAUUGUGGUGCUGGGGAUUGGUGGAACCCACCUCUCUGGUUUUCAAAUGUCUGUGAUCAACUACGCUUCUCCGUACGUUCAGAAGUUUAUCAAUGAGACUUGGCUGGAGCGGUACGGCUCAGCGCUGCCUCGGGAGACCCUGAUGCUGCUGUGGUCCCUCAUCGUGUCUGCCUACUGCAUUGGAGGGAUGGCAGGGUGUCUGUGCAGUGGGUACCUGGCUGCAAAAUUCGGCAAGAAGAAAUGCCUGCUGCUCAAUGACGUGGUGCUGAUCGUAGCCACGCUGCACACUGGCUUCAGCAGGACAGCCAAGGCUUUCGAGAUGAUCCUGGCUGGGCGCUUCCUCGAGGGCAUUGCUGCUGGAAUUCAUAUGAAUGCCCAUGUGCAGUAUGCUGGAGAGAUCUCACCUAAGAAGCUACGUGGAUUUAUAAAUGUGACCUCCACUGUGUUUCUUGCACUAGGAAAAGCUGUAGCAAGAAUUCUUGGAUUAAGAGAUCUUUUAGGAACUGAAGACAUGUGGAAUGUGCUAUUGUCCUUCCCUGGAUGGGUGGCAUUGAUUCAACUGCUCCUUUUGCCAUUCUUUCCUGAGUCCCCAUCCUACCUGCUGCUGCAAAAAGAAGACAAAGCUGGUUGCUUGAAAGCCAUGAAGCAACUCUGGGGAGAAGGGAAUUAUCACACAGAAUUUGAUGACUUGAUGAAGGAAAAGGCUUUGACAAAAGGCACCAAAAUCAUGAAUGUCCUAGAGGUGCUGAGAGAACGAUCAGUGUACCCACAGCUGUGUACCAUGCUCCUCCUUUUGCUGAGUCUGCAGCUCUGUGGCCUCAGUGCAAUCACCUUUUACACUUCAGAAAUUUUUUCGACAGCCAACCUGCAGGAAAGUAUAAUCCCAUAUGUAUCUCUAGGAGUUUCAGUCUGUGAACUCAUCUCUAUCAUGUUCUGUAGCUCCAUAAUCGACCGGUUUGGCCGCCGAACGCUGCUGUGUGGGGGUUACUCUCUGAUGGCACUGAUACUGGUGUUGCUGGAAACGAGCCUUCUGCUGAGUGAUCAGUUCCUCUGGUUGCGUUACUGCAGUGUCAUUCUCAUCUUUUUGUUCAUCAUUGCUUAUGGAAUAGGACCAGCUGGAGUUGUUAUAUCUGUCAUGAAUGAAAUCUUCACCCUCUCAACAAGGGCCUCCGCUUUUGUAAUUGGUGGAAUCGUCAUUUGGCUGGGCCUCGCCUUCACUGGAAUGAUUUUCCCCUUUGCUGUAAUGCUUCUUGGUCCUUUCUGCUUCCUCAUCUUUAUUGCUGUCCUGCUCAUUUCAGCAGUUGUUAUCUACCUGUUCCUCCCAGAAACAAAAGGGAAGUCAACCUCUGAAAUCACAGAAAAAUUCAAAACCUGCCAGUUUAAGAGGAAACGUCAUCAGGCUGUGGAGAUGUGUGCUGCUGAAGAAAAGACAUUUUGCACCAGGCUCUGAUAAGCCACCAGAAGUAAUUUCCACUGCUCAGGUGUAACAUGUCAAUUGUAUCUCAAGUUUUUCUCCAUUGCUGUCAUUUUAAACCAGCAGGAUUUGUAUCUAUGUUUCUUACUUUAUAAGAAAGUUCUGGGUAGGAUUAAGAGCAGGAUGAAAAUAGGAUUAAACAUAGCCAUAGUUCUUGCAAACAAUUCUCAUUUAAUUUCUUUAUGCUAUCAUGCUGUAAAGGACUUGGUAUUGAUUGUGAACCCUGCACAAGAACAAAUACCAGGCAGAAAACAAAUACCAGGUAGAAUACAAGGAAAUCUAUUUCCCUGAGCUGACACCAAGAAACUGCAUGUCCUGAUUGUCCCUGUGAGUGUCAGGGGUCAGCCUGAUCCCCAGGCAUUUGGUAAGAAGAGCUCUCACUUGCACCCUCUGGAGCAAACUGAUGCACUCUCCGUGCAGAUCACCUGUAGCAAAAUCAGGAGGAAGUCCUUGUACUAUAUUCUGGUACGAGGGUUAACAAAUACACACACAGGGCUGAGAGCUGGGAGAAAAGAGCCCUGGAGAGAGACAGAGAGUAAUAUUUUGGGAGAGUACUGAGAGGGCAGACAGCUUGAAAAUUCCACCCAUUUCUUAGAGGUUUUCAUGGCUGUUUAUUCUUUCUUAUCUCAGGAAUGUUUUGUCCAGUGAA